AUGGUCCGAAUCAGUCUUUUUGGGACGCCUCUGUCUCCCAUACUUGCCCUUGCUCUUGCAACUUGCGCCGUUGCCGUCGUUGAUAAAUGGACCCCAGAGAGCUUCAACUGGAGUGCCCUGGACACAGGCCCACGGGAAAACUGGAAGGGUCUCUAUCUGAACCACAAUGGCACUGCGGCACACAUUCGCGAGCUAGCAGUGACCACCGGCGUCGAUGUGAGAACAACGGCGGAUGGGGCCACUGUAUUGGUGGCCCCUUGGGCCAUUGGCCUAGCAUGGCAUGCCUUCAACCUUGCUCUCACUGGUGCCGGCCUGGCAAGUACAAUCAAGACCUGCGCACAAAACGAGGGCCAGGCCGACAAUAUCUUCUAUUGCGUCACUGGACUUCUCAGCACCAUCAUUGGCGUGGGUGGUGAGGUAUCCGCAGCCAAGAAGUUCGCUCAGUCCAAAGGAUAUUUGGGGGUUGCCGCGAACGCCUGGAUGCAGUCUGGUCUCGAACGGAUUGACCUGCACGAAUUUGCGCGGGACCUGGACAGUCUGCCCGCACUGAAUAUGACUUCACAAAAAGCCCACAACUACUUCGUUCACAACGCUUUGCGCAGCUUGUCGACGGAUGAAGUGGACUUCGUCGGGUACGCGCCCGAUUCUCAUAAGUUGGCCCGUCGUGGCUCGAGCGUCCAUCCCUUUGCGCCAAUGUUCCGCUUCAACCACCACAAGUAUGGUCCCAUGGAGCUCACUUCUCGUGAUACGGGCGAAAGUGGUGUGCACUUUACCAUCUCGUACGCGGGUCAUCCCACCCACCACGCGACCCAGGCGAAGCGCGACGAGUUUUACAAACAUGAGCGGCUUAGCGAGCACCUGAUGGAGGGUCGGUUUGAUUCGGAGGCCUCCAGUGCCGAUCCGGGUGACAUUUCCUUCAAUGGGGCCGACGCCUUUGGCCAAAUCGAAAGGCAAGUUGAGUGUUUUGCAGGCACACAGUGGGAUGAGGGUAAUGUGCUUUCCGUCCAGAUGUAUGAUCAAGCCAACCGUGCUACGUUCGGGUAUGCUUCUAUUGGUAUUUUCCCAGACAGCAGUGUCGACUCUGGACUUCAGGACUUUGGGCCUCGAGGAAUGCCUUUGACUGGCGGCCAGAAUUGUUGA